GCUGGCGUGCCUGAGGUCGCUGCGGGAGCUCCGCGACCCUCUCGCUAUCACUCUGCCCGUCCUGAUGCUGCUGCCGCUGCCCCUCGUCCUGAGGUGCCAGACCCCCAUUCUAAUCAAGAAUCUGUCAUCUCCACCUUGAAAAUAUCCAUUGACUUGGUCUCCACAUCUGGCUGUGGCAAUGAAACGGAUCUAAAGACAUUCCUCCUCGUCUCCUUUCGAAAGGAAGCCUACUGUGGAUUCGUCGUGCUCCUGAUGGCCGUGUACUGGUGCACCGAGGUCAUCCCUCUAGCCAUCACUGCCAUCCUUCCCGUUCUCCUCUUCCCUAUGUUCGGAAUCAUGACGUCUAAAGAAGUGUGCAAGCAGUACAUGAAAGACACCAACAUGCUCUUCCUCGGCGGGUUAAUGGUGGCAGUGGCCGUGGAGACCUGCAACCUCCACAAGCGCAUCGCACUGCGGGCCCUCCUCUUGGUUGGCGUCCGGCCCGCUCUGUUGAUGAUGGGCUUCAUGGGCGUGACGGCGUUCCUCUCCAUGUGGAUCAGUAACACGGCCACCACCGCCAUGAUGGUACCCAUCGCCCAGGCCGUGCUGGACCAGCUCAACACCACCGGCACACAGCCGGGAGAUCCAGAGCAGGGACACGGACAGACCGCCAGAGGCCAGGAACUGGAGGAGAAGGAUUCCACAGUUGAAGGGAUUCAACCAGCUCUGAUCUCUCCGGUGAUGCAGACUCAGGACGCUGACGUGGAGAUGAAGGUGUCUGCGGUCCCGCACAGCGAUGCGCAGAGAGAGCAGCAGCGGCUACGGAAGAUGCUCUCUCUGGCCGUCUGCUACUCCGCCAGUAUCGGGGGCACGGCCACUCUCACUGGCACCGGCCCCAACCUGGUGCUGAAGGGGCAGUUCAGCCAGAUCUUCCCCGACAAUGGAGAUGUGAUCAACUUUGCCUCCUGGUUUGGCUUUUCCUUCCCGAACAUGCUGAUCAUGCUGACCUGCUGCUGGCUCUGGCUGCACCUGCUAUUCCUGGGAGUGAAUUUUGGGAGGUUGCGGAUGGACAAAUCGCCGAGGGAGCAGGCGGCCUACGGCAUUAUCCAGGGGGAAUACAGCAAGCUGGGUCUCAUGUCCUUCGCUGAGAAGCUGGUCCUCGGCCUCUUCAUCCUGCUGAUAACCCUCUGGUUCACCAGGGAGCCGGGCUUUGUGCGCGGCUGGGGCUCCAUCUUCAACUGGGAAGGCAAGAAGUUUGUAACCGACGCCACAGUGGUGAUGUUCAUCACAUUCCUCAUGUUUAUAAUGCCGUCUCACAGGCCACGGCUCAAGGGCUGGGCCUGGAACAGGACAGUGGAGGCUGAGCCGGGCAUUGACUCCAGGGAGCGGAAGGAUCACCGCUCUGGCCGGCUCCUGGAAUGGAAAGAGGUCCAGCGGAAGCUGCCCUGGAAUGUGGUGCUGCUGCUGGGAGGAGGCUUUGCCCUGGCCAAAGGAUGUGAGGUAUCGGGCUUGUCCUUGUGGCUGGGCAGCCAUCUGCUGCCGCUGCAGAACCUGCCGCCGUGGGUCAUCGCUGCCCUGCUCUGCCUGCUCAUCGCCAUCUUCACCGAGUGCACGAGUAACGUGGCCACUGCCACCCUCUUCCUGCCCAUCCUGGCCUCCAUGGCCGUCUUGAUCAAGUUGAACCCUCUCUACGUCAUGAUCCCAGGUACUCUCAGCACCUCCUUCGCCUUCAUGUUGCCAGUGGCCACUCCGCCAAACGCCAUCGUCUUCUCCUACGGCCACCUCCGGGUGACCGACAUGGUCAAGGCGGGGUUUGUUCUCAACCUGAUCGGCGUGGUGUCGGCCACCGUGGCCAUCAACACCUGGGGUCGUGCCAUGUUCCAUCUCGACACCUUCCCCGCUUGGGCCAACAUCUCCAGCUCACUGUGAUCGGCAGCAGGGAGACGGCUGCCGUGGACGCCACUAUCCGCCAGGAGCUGCUGACGGUCUGGUUAAUGGCAGGAGGCCCGGGAACAAUGCUACGUGGAGGUGGUUGGUGUGGGGUGUCUCGACUCACUGUCAGUGCUUGAAUUUACAUGAAUAAAACAAAGUUAGUGCACCCGGGCAUGUCUGUCAGCCUGCAAUCCUCUCGCUGCAU